CGAAAGGUGCCGCAACUGGCCGGCCACGCUCAUGCUCUGGAUGGUGGACCGGCUGACCUGGAGGGCCUGCGCCGGCGGCGGCGGUGGGGGUGGCCCUUGCGGUAGUGACCAGGACUGCGGAGAGGGCGGCUCGUGCCUCGUUAGUAUGGACGGCUAUGUGGAGAGCGCCGCCUGCGUCUGUCUCGGCUUCCUCUGGCUGCUCUGGGGCCGUCGCCGCCUGCUCGCCCUGCAGGCGCUCGACAUGUCGGCCUGGAGGUGUCGGAAGGCCACCGUGUGACGUCAGCGCCGGUUAGGUUUGUGAUGACGCCUGACAUGUCGACCUGGUGGUGUCGGAAGGCCACCAUGUGACGUCGGCUGGCGGUGGGACUCAUCCCGCCGGCCCGCCGCCUCCAACACCAACACCGCAGCGCGGCGUCGGGGCUGGCGUUCAGCGUGGCAGCCCUGGCGUCGGUUGCGGGUCGGCGCCACCGCAGGCCAUGCGCCGAACGGAGCCAACCCGUCCGUGAGUGCAGCACAAACGGGCCGGCCGGCGGUGCCACGCGGGAGCUCGGGGUGCAGUUGGGCCGUCGACCGAGCCCAGUGUUUCCCGCUCUACCUGGCCCCGCCGGUCAGUGGAUAGGACCGCGAGGCGGUCGCGGGUGUCGUUUGUUCGUGAAGCGUUUGCUGUUGAUUCCUGGUGCUCAAGUGAAGUGUUGAUUCCUGGUGCUCAAGAGUUGGUGGAGGCGUUAUUUUAGUAACAACUGAUGCAUGUUGUGUUGCAUUCCAAGGGUUCACGCGCUGGUGAAAGCACUUUUUUGGGAAACCGCACGGGCACCGCAACAGGUUUGUCUUGUUUUUGUCGUGGAGUGAUGCGUCCCACUACAGCACUGACAAUAUCAUUGGCUUCCCGGCGCCUCGUAUCGCAUAUAAUGUGUUCGAAGGAUAUGAUGCAUCACCUGCGAUCAGGGGAGGGGGCAGGUAGCUAAAGGAGGUUACUUUAUGACGAGCGCCCUACGCGCUCAACAAAUGUGCGUCGUAUUCGGCCUGUUCAGUGGGAUACUUUGUUCAUUCAUUUGCAAGACAAUGACGUCCUUCUCGCGCUGGAUAAGUGCAGUGCGUAAAGUUUUGUUUCCGUAAGACGUUUACAGAGUCGGGUCGAAGCGGGUAGUGACACAUUAACGCAAAUUCGUUGUCGUUGAUCGCGAUUUUAGGUCGUCGAUCGCGUUGAUCGCCUUCAAUUUCGUCGUGUUAGGGAAAGUGUUUGCUAAUUUACAGUCUUCCGGGCCCCCUGGA